CAAUUUUUCCCAUAUUUUCCCAGCUGUACGACCUGGCUGAGCCUCUGCUCUGGUUCGUUCCGGGUCCCCACCGGCGCAUCCCGAAGCUCCUGGGCCGGAUGCGGGAAUUCAUCGCCCGGAGAAUCCGGAAAAACGCCCAAAGCCUCGACCCCCAGAGCCCCCGAGACUUCAUCGACUCCUUCCUCAUCCACAGGGAAAAGGAAAAGUCCAACCCAGACUCGGAGUUCACGCAGGAGAACCUGGAGCUCACCACCCUCAACCUCUUCUUCGCCGGCACCGAAACCGUGAGCUCAACACUCAGGUUCGGCCUCCUCUUCCUCAUGAGGAACCCACACAUCCAGGGUGAGACCCCUGACCCCAAAUGGGGACCCCUGACCCACCCCUGGGGGUGCUGA